UUUUAUUAAUUAAUUAAUUUAAAAUAGCCAAUUUAAUUGAGACUGAGAAAGAAAGAGCCUUUUGCUUUUUAAUGCUCUCCAGUCUCCCCUUUCUCUCACCUUGAAUAGUUUUGAUUGAUUCUCUCUUUAUCAAAAAUCGUGCUCUCUUUUCUUUCGUUUAUUCUCUCUGGUGGCUGUUAUUUGUUACUUGUUUUGUUUGUUUUGGGAAGAAGGGGAGGAAGGGUAUAAGCUAUGAAACUGCAUGAAGUGAGAGUGGUUGUGGUGAUGAUGAUGAUGUUGAAGAAAUGGCGUUGCUGAUAAUGGCGCAACAAACUAAAACAAACAGUAUCAAUGCCACUACUGACCAAGUGAAGCCAAUGUUAUAUGAUUUUCUGGGCAUGAAGCCUACCGAUUCUUCCACUGUCGUUUUACCUCCGAAACCCGCCGUUUCAGAGCCCUCAGCUUCCCCCUCUGUUUCCCUUGGCGCUUCUUCUGGUGUUGUUGCUGGUCCCCGUGGGCCCGUCACUUCUUCCUCUGAUCUCGCCUCUGAAAGACAGGCUGGAAAUCAUCUUGAGGGGGUUCCAUUUUAUGGUACAAGGAGUGACAUGUCUGGACCUGAGAUAAGCAACAGAUUAGUGGGAAGUAAGCGAAGUAACUCAGAAUCUGGCUUCACAGGUCAUGAAUACCCUGAGGGAUUGCAUUUGAUGAAGCUACUCAGGAAUGGGGCAGGGGGAGAACGCCCAAGAAGGUCCAGUGACGAUGAGUUCCUUUGUGGUAUGCAGCAAUUGAGGCCAACUUCAGCAGCUCUUAUAUUACAGCCUUCAGCUAGCAGUAGAAUGGAUCCUAAUGUUUCUAGAUGGGAGCGAACUAUUCCCAUGAAUGCUGGCCCUGGUGUACAGUAUCAUCCCCGUGGGGGUCAGUGGGUGCCUUUUAUCCAUCAAGUAGCUCCAAACAGGUUCAAAGAUGUGAAUGCUGGUCCUUCAAUUAUAUCUCAAUCAGCUGCAGAUGAAGGAUCUAGAACUGGGAUUAAAGGCCCUGAAAUUUUGAGUUCUGUCAAUGCAACUGGUGGUAUAUCUGAGAAGAACUCAUCUGCACUUCCACAAAGUGGAACCAGGCCAAAGUCUGGGACACUUAUUUCAGAGCCAGAAUUUUCGACUUCCCCAAGUCAACAGGGAUUAGCGUCUGCUAGCCAGCAGAUGACUAUUUUCUAUGGAGGUCAAGCUCAUGUUUUUGAUGAUGUCCAUCCAAAUAAGGCAGAUGUUAUAAUGGCCUUAGCUGGAUCAAAUGGAGGAUCAUGGUCAACAACCUACUUGCCAAAAUCUACUGUGAGGCCUGUCAGUGAAAAUUUCUUCCCCAGUGGAGAUCCUGAAGCACGCGUGGCAGGUAACAUGGCAUUACCACAGGAACUUCGUGGGAGGUUACCUGUCACAGGUAACAUUAGUCAUGGAAGUGGCUCUGAUUUUACCAGAAAUCCAGUUCCAGCAGCAGAGCCCAGUAGUGAAGAAAAAAGAGAUAAAUAAUUGAUGUUGAAGAGAACGGAAGGAAGUGUAUUGUUAAAAGAGAUUGGAACUAGCAGAUGUAUUGUGGUUAAUGCUUCAAAUUUUUAGCUGUUUUAGUGCUUUUUUUUUUUGGGUAAAGAGAAGGGAGAGGUCUAUUCCAUCUUGUUUAUAGACCCAACUAAGCUGCUAUCAUCAAUUCACCAUCAGAUUCAAAUA